AUGUUCCUCCCCAUUACUUUCUGCCUUUUCGGCGUAGGGGCCAUCUCAUAUGUGCUAUUCGGCUUCAUUUCUCGCGGCUCCGACCAAGAUGGCCACUACGACCACUCAAACAAGACAACAGACCCGAGAGUCGUGCGGCGGCAGCCGCGGUGGACAGCAUACGUGGAACUGGAGGAGGUCAAGGGGUGGCUCUGGGAGAAGGCAUUUCCAUUGACGCGGCCGACACAGCACAGACUCCAGCAAAGGCCCCUGCCCGGACUGGUCGUGCUGAGAUUUGUGGUGGAGAUGAUGGAGAUUUCGGACACCGUGACAGGCUGUUUCCAUGGUGCAUGUUUUGUACUAAGCCAUAUCAUAUAUCUACACCUGCGACCCGGUGCCGGGUCGCAGGCGCAGGGUUUUCCUCCCUAG